CAUUAAUGCUUUAAAAGUUUCAUUUGUGAAAUUUGGACUGAUUUGAAGUUUACUUUCCUUACGAAGCGGAAUUAACUAUUGCAAGGUUUUGGCACAGUUCAACGAAGAGGAAGCUCGUUGCCAAGGAAAUCCAAGAGGCUGUCUAGCAACACUAUGCUGCUUUAUAGUUCCGAAGAAACUGCGAAAACUGAAGAACCGAACUCCACACAACGUCAGGGAAGAAUUUUUGAUACUGCGGAGCAGACGACAAUGUCAUCGUCAGUUUCAAGUGAUGAUGGUCUUCCGACGACAAGUUCUGUAGUCAACAACUGGAAAACGGACGAAAAUUUUCGAAAGUCUGAGAAUAAUAGGCGGUUUGCUUGCGAGAAUUGCGAAAAGGUGUUCACUGACCCAUCCAAUCUUCAAAGGCACAUUCGGUCCCAACACAUGGGUGCUAGAAGUCAUGCUUGUCCUGAAUGCGGGAAAACAUUUGCGACAAGUUCCGGCCUGAAACAACAUCAACACAUUCAUUCAAGCGUGAAGCCGUUCCAAUGUGAAGUAUGUCUAAAAGCGUACACACAAUUCUCCAAUUUAUGUCGCCAUAAAAGAAUGCACGCCGACUGUAGACAACAAAUUAAAUGUUCCGACUGUGGUCAAGCAUUUUCAACGAUAACGUCUCUAAGCAAGCACAAACGAUUUUGCGAGGGGGCUCUGAGAAAUGGUCUUUCUCUGAAUGUUGCUGCUUCUGAUAUCAAACAACCCAUGCAUUCAACAUUUGGGUUCCCAGGAAGUCGAGCGACAUCGUUUGAUCCUAGCUUGUAUAUGCGACUGCUAAGUGGUCGUUCUACAAUGCCAUAUCCUCAACUUGGUGCAGGUUUGUCUAUACCUUUUGGCAACCAGAUGGACAAUUUCAAAUACAUGCCCUCACCGUACAUGAACGGAUCAUUUGAUCUACCUCAUCUUCUUAAACCCAGUUUCAGUUACACAAGCGGUGUAAGAAAACGGGAAGAGGAACAUCCAAUGAACAAAAAACUUAGAACUGUGAAUGACAAAAGUGGUAGCGAUGGUGAGUCAGAAUUGAACAACAGUUCUGACGGCGAGAGCACUGCCGAUUGGGACGAAAAGAAACGAUUAAACAGUAUUGAUAGUGACAAGACCGAGGGACAUGCGUUCUCACCUCCGAUGAAACAAUCCACUGCAUUUACUCCGGUGCAAACGUCUUCGAAUGGUUCUGCAAAGGUUGAGGGAAGAAGUAAACCUAUUGAGCAACCUUUAGAUUUGAGCAGAUCUAAAUCCGAAGAUGACGAAGAAGAGGACAUUGUUAAGAGAUUGUAUCACAAUCAGAAACUUUCUCCAAACAAUAAAACCAUACCAAUAUCCCCAAAGGCAACGAAACCAACCAACAUUGUAUCACCUAUACCAACAAGACCACAACCAGGUCUGGGCGCAACAGAAGUGGCUCAACUGGAAAGGUUUAUCAGUGAGAGCAAUAAACUGUCCUCAUUUCCAAGGUUUCCAUUCCUGGGAAACAGUUAUUCAAUACCGUUCAUGAAUCCGUACGCCAUGCAUUUAUCUCAGAGCACACAUCUGCCGUCACUGCCUCCAUCUAUGUCUCAGUUUCCGGUGUACCCAGGACUGGGCGAUUACGCGAAUAUGCGCAUGUCUCAAAUGAUGCACAAACCACGUGAUCGGUAUAGCUGCAAGUUCUGCGGAAAGGUCUUCCCACGCAGCGCCAAUUUGACACGUCAUCUCCGUACGCAUACAGGGGAACAGCCUUACAAAUGUAAAUACUGCGAGCGCUCUUUUUCAAUAUCAUCCAAUCUUCAACGUCAUGUUCGCAAUAUUCACAACAAAGAGAAGCCGUUUAGAUGUCAUUUGUGUGACCGUUGUUUUGGACAGCAAACAAACCUUGAUCGACAUCUGAGGAAGCAUGAAAUCGACGGGCCUAAUGUUAUUGAUUCUCCUCACGAAAGCGAAAGUGAUGACGAUAUUGAUGAUGUUUUUGAAGAUGGUGCAAAUAAUGACAUUAUCAAUGGUGAUAGCGAGUUGAACGAUGAAGAAGAUGAAGAAAUUGAUGUUUCAGAAAACGACGAUUUUGAACAUGAUAUAAAGCCCCGAGAAAAUGUUGGUGAAGAACCUUUAUACAAACAAUCUUUGAUUAAUGAGAGCACAGAUAACAUUGACGAAUGCCUUGAUGCUAGUGUGAUGCAACCAAAUUGUCAAUCAGGUCUUGUCACUGCUUUACAUUGCUCGUCGUCACAAUUGCUUUGUUCAUAGUAAUGUUAAUGUAAAGAAAAUGUUAUGUUUUGUUUUGUGUUGUUUUUUUCUUCAAAUUCAAUAUAAACAGAACUUCGUUUCCUUAGACCUAAGCUUAUUGUUAGACACUACUGUUACACUCAUUUUAACGAAUAUGUAUGAUGAUUUAUUUUUUAAUGUAAAUCUUAGUUAUUUGUUUGCAAAAUUCAUGACUUUGUACAUUUUAUGCUACCUCUAAUUUAACAGAAAUAGCUGUCGGGAGAAUAUCGGGAGGGUAGUUUGUCUCUAGUUAAGUUGAUGCAUUGUUUCGCUGUCUGCUAGUUUUCACACUUUUUUGCCUUUUCAUUGUACAUAGUUCAUGUAAUAUUUAUACGCCAGUAGAAGUGCCUUAAUUUAUUUUCCAUUAGAUGUGCUAUAUUUAAACAUACCAUUGAUUCCUAUUAUUUAUGAAAUUGACAUUUUACCG